CCCCCUGAAGUGAUGUCUGAGAGCGCCUGUCUUCUGCACCUGAACGAUAAGAAAGCUGGAUAUGCCCAGAAAUUGCAGCUUGUGCAGAUGUUGUGAAUGCGCUCCCAGUGUUUCCUUUAGUGAUAACUCAGCGCUCUCUGGCACGAUCUGGAACACUGCAUCUCUUUGCAAACGUUGGUGCCUGUAUCCAUGGGCCCUCCUUUUUUCUCUCCUCAGAAGCAGCGCCGUGCUGUUCCCCAUGCUAGGGAGCAGCAGCCAGCAGGCUGCCCCAGUGCCAGCUGGGCCUUGCAGCGCGCAGAGGGACGCGAUGGGGAUGGAGCAUCCUUAGCACCAUGCAAAAGGAUGGAGCCUGCGCGUCCAUGGAAUGGUGCUGGGCAUGGGGGGAAACGGAAAGCCUCCCCAGGAGCUGAUGACAACAGGCUUGCAGGGAGGCAGGGGAGGAGCAAGGAGAGUGGCACAGCACCCAAGAGAGGGAGAGGUGCUGAGCCAAAUGGCGAAAUCUCCAUGAAAACUCCUCUCCAGGCUGGAGGGCUUCCUGAAGCAGCAGGUCCCAGCAGAGGGGGAACAGCUGCUCCUGCAGUUGCCAACUGCUCCCUCUCCAAGAUCAUGGUCGCAAGAAAGCGCAAGGCAGUGGAAGAGGAGGAGCAGAAGGCAGAGCUGGGUCCUGCCAACAAACAAGUGAAAGUGGAGCACAAUGGGGAGAAGGCUCAGAGCCCUCAUCAGAGCAGAGGUGCUGUGCCAGCUCCAUCAGCACAGCCUGGGCCUGCCCCAGUGCCGACCGAGCGGUUCCGGACCUCAAAGCGAAGAGAAAGACGACGACGACAGAAAGAGAGGAGAGCAGAAAUGAAGAAGGCUGCUCUCAGAGCUGCUGCUGCACAUGCAGAGUUCUCCACCAUAAACAGCCUUGUGGAGAUGAUGGAGAAGCUGCAGCUGAAGGACUGAGCGGAGGAGCAUCAGCAGGCAGCGGCUUUGUGGCAGCAGCCCAACUUUCACUCUGGUUGCAGUCCAUCAAUAAACAAUUGGAGUUUUGCAUUCACAAGGAGCGCAUGGCCUGAUUUGUCCAGCAGCACCCAGUGAGCCACUGCUCCACCUCCUCGUUAUCCCACCACCUCCUCGUUAUCCCACCACCUCCUCGUUAUUCCACUGGCGGCGCUGGGUCAGAACUCCCACAGCUCCAUCAGGGAAUGCUGCAGGGUACAGAAGCAAUGGACGCACCAAUCCUGGCCCUGCCCACACUGUCUGAGCAGUUAGAGAGCAGCUCCAUAGAGCCGUCUGACUUUCUCGGGGCAGCACUGAGCAAAGUGAGCGUGUGCCCCUCAGCCUGCAGGCGUCUCUGCUGGGGGAAGAGAGGCUCCGCUGGCUGCCUGAUCCCGGAAGGCAGAGGUGUUCUCCUGACUUCUCUGCAGUGCUGCCUUCCUUCAUCGUCCCCCCUUCCUUCAGAUAUUUUGAUGCUGCUUUUCACCCUUUUGGGCGGAGCUUGAGUGACUCUCAUCAUUGCAUAGCUUUGUAUUGAGCGGUGUGGAAUUUUCUGGCUUUGUUUGUAAAAGCCUAGGCUGAAAACCGCAGCGUGCGUGCUAAAUGGGAGUCCUAGCACUCUGGAAGUGGAUAACUUUUGGGAUGGAGCUGCUUUUGGUUUUCUAAUGAGUGUAUAAUGAGCAAAGUUUGCCAACAGGAUCGUGUUUUCUCAACUAAUGACUAGGAGCGAUAUGCAGAGGAAGAUGGCAGUUGGCAGAUGGUGCCUGGCAAGAGCUGUUGUUUGUGUCCUGCAGCCGGGAAUGCUCCACGCCGAGGGGUGCGGGCUGUGAGAGGAACAUGUCUGUGGAAGCAUGGCCGUUCCUCCCGUCUGAUGGGGCAGAAGGCAGGGACAGGAGAGGAAAGCUGAACAGAUGUGCAUUUUCGUCACGGCUCUUACUGUGUGGGAAAUGAGCUGUGCCACUGUGCUUCUUUGUGCUGGCUAGUUCUGGAGCUGUGCCUUCAACUUGAUGCUCAGCUGUUCCUGUGUGUAAUGCUCCACACUCGGACCCUGCAGAGCCCAGAGGCCUCCUUGACUGCUGUCACUCACCUGGAGCUUGCAGGGUGCUGUGCGUGCUGUAUGGAGCUGCUUCCAGCUGUCAUUUGCAAGACCCUGUAAGUGCACUGGGUUCAAACAGCAGUCAGAUAACACAGAUGAGAAAGAAGCACGAAAACUUGUAUUAUUUUGUUUUUUUACAUCACAGGCUUUGAU